GGUAUUCUGAAAAAGGCGUCGACAGAGGCGAGUGCAGAGCGUAGAGCGCAAAGCUCUGUGUAGAGAAUUCGAUGUGUCUAAAAGCGAGUUAGGAAACAUUUAAAAAUAAACAUAUUUUUGUGUUAUAAGUGAACUACUUGUGAAAUGCAUCUAAAGGGCGCCUAAAAGAAGACGUUGCAAAAUCUCAGUGGGAAAAGCAAAUAGUUUUAGUGCUGUUAGUUGAGCUGCUGCUGCUUUGGCCAUAACUAUAUACAGACACAACACACAGGAAGCAGCUAUGGCAGCCGGAUGGCGGCGGGGGUCCGUCAGGGGUUGCGUUGGGGUUUGGGGUUGCGAUUGGAGCCAAAGUUUUGUGUGUAUAGUUGUUGUUGCCCUUGGGCUUUGCGUGUUAUUGUUUACAUGCGAGGCGAACGCGAACUCGGCGAAUGCCAUCGAUGUCGAGGAGCCGGCACGACGCCACCACCAGCGACAUCACACCGCGGACGUCGACCGGGAAAGGGAACGAGAGCGCGAGGAGAAGGGAUACUGUGCGCCGUAUAAUGGUAAAAUAUGCAAGCAGUUCAUCAGCGGACCCGUGUGGUACAGCCUGGAGGAUCCAAGUGGCGGCUGGCGCAACGAGCAGGUCACCACAGCGCUGUGGGAUGAGUUAAUUACGGACUUGACGGGUCUAUGCCGCGAGGCAGCUGAGAAAAUGCUUUGUGCUUAUGCAUUUCCGCGUUGCCAUGUCGAGAAUGGACGCUCCAUCAAGGCGCCGCUCUGCUUCGAAGACUGCCAAGCUACGCAUCUGCAGUUCUGCUACAACGAUUGGGUGCUGAUAGAGGAGAAGCGGGAGCGGAACAUGUUCCUGAAGAAUCGUGCCCACUUCAGGCUUCCCAAUUGCACCGUGUUGCCCCACUACGAUGCCAACAUGCGACGUCCCAGCUGCUCGUACAUUGGUCUCACCGAGAUCAAGGAGGCAGAGGUCAGCUAUGACUGUCGCAAUGGGAAUGGACGCUUCUAUUUAGGUUCCAUGAAUGUUACCAAAUCAGGCAUUCCUUGCCAGCGCUGGGACACACAGCAUCCGCACAUGCACAUUCAACCGCCGCUGGUGUUUCCACAACUCAUCGAGGGAGAGAACUACUGUCGCAAUGCGGGUGGAGAGGAGCCACAGCCUUGGUGUUAUACGCUCGACGAGUCUGUGCGUUGGCAACAUUGCGAUAUUCCCAUUUGCCCUGACUAUGUGGAUCCCAACGCCAAGGAUCUGAACACGCCCAUCAAAAUGGAGGAGUUUUUCACUCCCUCGAUGAUCUUCCUGCUCGCUGGCAUCGGCUUCAUUGGCAUUGUGGCACUCCAUCUGAUCAUUCUGCUGGCCUACAAACUGUCCAAGCACAAGGAUUACUCUCAGCCAGCUCCAGCUGCCCACGGCGAAUGCAACGCUUCGGUGCGAGGCGAUUGUAAUCUGUCCGCCAGCCGAGAGACACUCGGCUCGACAGGAUUUGCGCCAACAAAUGCUGCCAAAUGUGGCACCAUACGCAGCACAGCGACUAUACACAGCAACUGCAUCAUGCUGACCACGACGGCUGCUGUGCAGGAGCCGAAGACCAAGCUGAAUGCACGCCUCGAGAAGCUGGAGUAUCCGCGUGGCGAGAUUGUCUAUGUGCGUUCCUUAGGACAGGGCGCUUUUGGACGUGUCUUUCAGGCCCGUGCUCCAGGGCUGGUGUCGGGUAAGGAGGAUCUGCUGGUGGCCGUCAAGAUGCUCAAGGAUGAUGCCAGCGAUCAGAUGCAAACGGACUUUGAACGCGAAGCCUGCCUGCUGGCCGAAUUUGAUCAUCCCAACAUUGUCAAGCUACUCGGCGUUUGUGCUUUGGGGCGUCCCAUGUGUCUGCUCUUUGAGUACAUGUCGCCGGGGGAUCUCAGCGAAUUCCUGCGCGCCUGUUCGCCAUAUGCCACACACCAGGCGCAGCCGCGCAAUCGCCAGAAUCUCGAUGAGCUGCAGCUGCUGCACAUGGCAUCGAAUGUGGCAUCGGGCAUGUUGUAUCUGGCCGAGCGUAAGUUUGUGCAUCGCGAUUUGGCCACACGGAAUUGCCUGAUCAACGAACAGAUGCAGGUCAAGAUCGCCGACUUUGGACUGUCGCACAAGAUCUAUCUGCAGGAUUACUACAAGGGCGAUGAGAACGAUGUGAUUCCCAUACGCUGGAUGCCCAUCGAGAGCAUUCUGUACAACAAAUUCUCGCUGGAGUCGGAUGUCUGGGCAUUUGGCAUCUGCCUCUGGGAGAUCUUCUCAUUUGCCCUGCAACCCUACUAUGGCCUCACCCACGAGGAGGUGAUUAAAUACAUUAAGGAGGGCAAUGUCCUCGGUUGUCCAGAUAAUACGCCGCUCUCUGUCUACGCCUUGAUGCGUCGCUGCUGGAAUCGCAAGCCCAGCGAACGUCCUGGCUUUGCGGAGAUUAAUCACUGCAUUCAGCACAGCAUCGCUGAAUGCGAGUGCAAGGCGAUGCUCUAAGCGAAGAAGCAUAAACAAAAAACGAAAAUCAAAUCGAAAUUAUUCCGUCACGUUGCAGCAAUUUUAAAAUGAAUCCGUAUCCGAAGAAAAAAAUACUCAAUGCUCUCCAGUUGUCUUCCGGAGCAGACAAGUAGCCAUGGACUUGCUAUCAGAAGCAUUUACUACAAAUAUAAUAUAUAGUAUAAUGAAGUCAGUCUAUACAACAACAGUUCCAAUCAUUUAGUUUAUAUCGCUAUCUGUUUCCGUUUCCAUUUCCAUUCUGUUUGUUUUUCUUUUGCAUUUCUCAUUCAAGAAAGUGGAGAAGAUUAAAGUUUGACCCUUUUAGUUUAUCAAUUGUGUAUUCGAAGGCCGCAAUUUAAUAUACUCGAUAUUAGAUAUUAUUAUACGAUAUAUUACUUUCCACAACGAACGCAACAAGUCAGCCAUAUUUUAUUGGUAAUUCGUACUCUCAUAUCUAGUCCGUAGCGAACAUAAGUUUACAUAAUUGCAAAAGUCUCAAACUCAAUAAUAUGCAUAUAAAUAUGUACAUCUAUAUUUAAAUCGUAUAUAUACAUAUGUAAUUUGGAUUAGACUCCAAUCGGUUUUUACUAGACUUAAGCUGAACGGUGAGUCGAGACUCUCGUUAAUAUCACUAAAGAGCAACUGCCCAAAACAACAAGAUUGAAAAAACAUAACAGACUCUUGCAAACGAAUCGCAAAACACCGAUGACCAUCAAAACAAUAAGGAAUAUGAUAUACAUAUACAUAUAUAUGAAAUAUUUAGAGAACUGUCUACAGCCUCAAUUUCUUAGGACCUUUACAUAAUAAUAAUAAUCUUGUAUCAAAAAUGUUGAUGUAAUUUGUAUAAUAAUAUAACUUUACGUAAUCAA